UUCAAAUGAUCAAAUGUUCUAGAGUUAAAAUAGUAAGACCGUUUCAAGAUUACCGAAAUAUAUAAUAUAUAGAUAAUGGCAAGUGUUUUGUCGACAAYAUUUAGUAUUACAGCAGUGAUUGUGUUUUUCUGUUUGUGUCAAGUCGAACUUGGCGUGCAGCUACCUAAGUUACAAGCGAAGUGCCAUUGUGAGCAGUCAAAUGGAGUCCAAGAGCGUUUGAAUGACUUCUCACGGAAUAACAGUCAAAUGUUCGCUAAUAAUAAGGAUUCACAGGAAAACYACAACAAUAAAUCAACUAAUCGAUGUAACUGUGAACAAAACAAGAAAGCUACAGGCAAGUGCUCGGAUCCUCCAGAUCGCGAUUUGAACCGAACAUGGAGAGCGCACAAUAUCAGUGAAGUUAGAUCAAAGUCAAAGGAUAUAGAAGUUAAGUUUAUUCAAAAUGGUUCUGAUUGGUUUGCAAAUGUCACGUGGCAGCCACCACCAGAUAAACGUCUCUAUGGUUACAUAGUCAUCCAGUUCAUAUCACUUGAAAAAAAAUGUAAAGAAGUUCUAAAUAAUAAGAAUUAUACAAUACUAGACGUGCUGGUCGAAGAAAAUAUUCCCCAAACACUUUGGUUGGCAGUGUUUUCUUUGCCUGGAUAUCUUGAUGUAAAGGAUAGAAACUACACAUUUGACGAUUUUCCCCCAUACAAAGGACUUCCAGGAGAUCUUAUUCCCUUCGUUAAACCACAUGAUCCACCGAUUGACAACUGGGCUUCAUAUCUUGCUGGAGUUUUGGGGGGAAUACUGGUGAUUGCCUUCUUGGCUUUCAUUCUGUACCGACGCAAAACAUGUGGAUCGUCAGGAAAUUCCAUGAAAGAUCACAAUCCUGAUGACGAACUCAUCAAAAUUAACAAUACCAUGAAACCACAAAAUAACGACAUUUACUUCGCGUCAUAUUUACCUGAAAACGAAAAGUUCUCGGACGAAGUGGCGACCAUCGCCUACAAACUGGGAACCAUGGGAUAUAAGGUCGUUUUCGACAAAGUCGAUUCUGUCCACAUGAACGAGAUUGGAUUCAACAUGUGGGUGGACAAGCAGAUCCUUGAGGCCAAGAAAUACAUCGUUUUCUGCAGCCCUGGAUAUGUACGACUCUGGCAAUCUUUAACCAGCAGUGGAGUCGAUAAUAAAUUCAACAACGUGAAUGACCAAGACCUAGUACGCGUGCGCUAUGAGAUCAAAAGGAUCUCUGACGUCUACUCCGAGAACUGUUCUACGUCACGCAUUGUUUGUGUCAAAAUGAAUCCCAAAAUGACCACCAAGCAGCUCCCCCCCUGGAUGAACCAUAAUAUGCUACUAUGGCCCGAACAAAAGGAAGACGUCAUUCGUCGACUGAAUGAUCAGGCUGCCAUGGUGAUGCAUGUGUGAAGUCAUCAUUACGUAAUAUGUUUGGUGCCAUAUGUGCAUGCGUUCGAUGUCAUUAUCAUGUCAUGCACAUGCGAGUUUUCGUAUAAGUUUAUUUUUGUAUAAAAAAACCUUUGUAAAAUGCAUAAAAUGCAAGUUUUUGAAUUGCUAACAGAGCUAUYAAGCUCUUUUUAUUUAUGCGCUUGAUUUUCUUGUAGCUUGAAAWUCCAUUUCUGAAAUUUAUGCAAAUGAGUCAAUAAUGUAUGUUAAAGCCUUGCUUCCAUAUACAAGUGUACAUGAAUUAAGAAAAACAUCUAAGAUCAAUAGCUGUUUACACUUUCCUCGUCUCGCACGAGGUUACCUUGGAGAUAUAGUUAGUUUAUCAUUGACAAUUUACACGGGACAUGUACAUGUACUGACCGCGUCUUGUAAUAGACAUGAUAAAAGCCUAAUAGCCCUCCCCCCCUCCCCUUUCCCCCUUUCAAUGGAUAAAGUACAAUGAAAUCCAUUUAAAAAGUGCGUCUUAUGUACAAUUUAGAGUAAUAUUUAGUUCCACCUGUACAUCAAGGUAUUACUACCUUUCCUAUAUUAAACUACAGUCACUGAAAAGACAUCAAGACAACUMCAACAAAGUCCUCUUUUUGAAAUUCGCAGGAAAUAAUCAAUUCAAUUUAAUACUACAGAUACCUAGAAUAUCAAAUGCUAUCGGCAUUGUAAUGAUAUUUUGCAGAAUAUUAAAUAUUGUCGCAAAACAUUGAACAUAAAAUAUCAAAUGACUUUGCUAUGAACUUGAUGUCUUUACAUCUCUGAACUACUUUAACGGGUUUGACUGCCAUGUAAAACUACAAAACUACAAUGUUAUUUCCUAUUCAUUACGAUAUAUAAAAUGCAAUGUCAAUCAGUCUGUAAUAAAAUCGAUAACUAUA